GAGUGAGCAAACAUUGCAGGCUGUCCUGUCCGGUUCGGUUAAGAAAUGAGAAACUCUCUGGCCUGACCCGCGUCUACUACUUUUUCAUUUCUCUUUUUUAUUUAUAAUUUAUUUAUUUAUAUUUGUUUCUCCGUUCCCGUUCCUUCUCUCUCUCUCUCUCUUUCUCGCCGUUACUUGUUGUUCCUGUUCGUUUUCAAUAUCUUUUUUGAUCACACACUCUUCCCUUCGUUUUCAAUUUUAUUCAUUCAUAAUAACAUAUAUUACUAUAAUUAUUAUUAAGAUUAAGAUUAGAAUGAAUAACUUCCACUUUCUUUCUUCUUCUUCUUCUUCUCUUCUACACCCUGUCAUCACACAUCAUCAUCAUCAACAACCAUAAUUGAUUACCAAUUUCCCUUUUUUCUUUUCUUCUCUCUCUCUCUCUCUCUCUCUCUCUCUCUCUCUCUCUCUCUCUCUCUCUCUCUCUCUCUCUCUCUCUCUCUCUCUCUCUCUCUCUUCGUUUCACUCUUCCACUGUUGUUUGUUUCCAUCAUCACCACCUUUUUUUCAACCCCACACACCUUCUCACUCCAAUAACUCCUUUUCCUCCACCGACCUUUCUCUAUUUCAUUUCUAGGGUUUUUCAUUCUUUCCCUUUUUCAAUUUUAUUAAUAAUUCCUUUUCCUUUUCAACUUUUUUAUUAAUUAGGUUACCCUAAUCUAUUUCCUCUGUUUCUAACUGAUCCACACGCACCCACUCUCUGUCUCUUUCUGUUUUUUCUUUCUAUUUUUUUGCUUAAUUAUCUCAAUUCAAUACUAUUCCUGUGUAUGUGUGUCUUCAUAUCAUAGUUAGUUCCUAUUGUUUUUAUUUUUGUGGGUGCGUGUGAAAAGUUAAAGUGAAUAAUUAUAGUGAAUUAGUGAUCGUGAUUGUUAAUUUGUUAUUGUUUGUUUAUAUAUAAAUGGCAUACCAAAGUUCAGGAUCAAGUUCAAGUUCUGGGUUUCAAUUGUUGAAUUCUCCUUUUGGAGAUACUACUUAUACUAAGGUUUUUGUUGGUGGAUUGGCAUGGGAGACUCAAAGUGAAACUAUGCGCCGUUACUUUGAACAAUUUGGAGAUAUUCUCGAAGCCGUCGUCAUCGCUGACAAGAACACUGGGAGAUCCAAAGGCUAUGGUUUUGUGACUUUCCGUGAUCCUGAAGCUGCCAGGAGAGCCUGUGCCGAUCCAAGUCCUGUUAUCGACGGUAGAAGAGCUAAUUGUAAUUUGGCUUCGCUUGGUCGACCACGACCUCCUCCUAUCACCUAUGGACGGGUAAGACCAGCAUCCCCUUAUGUUGGAAGUUUGCAACCGGCCCGCGCUGCUUACGUUGGAGGUUAUGGCUACCAGCAAGCACUUCCCUAUGGCUAUCAACAAGGAAUGGUUUAUCCCCCUUAUGGGUAUACGGCAUAUGGACCUGAAUACGUCUACCCACAGAGUAUGUAUGCUGGUCAACAGUACCUUCAGAUAUAUGGUGUGCCUGGUGCAGUGAAUACAAAUAUGUAUCCUUAUGGACAAUUGGGUCAAGCUAUUCAUGGUGGCCAUGGUUAUACAGCAAUGCAGGGUUAUACUGUACCAGCUCAUCAGCUAGUUCCCUAUGGUGGAUCAAAUGUUAAUGUAAUAACAACUUCACCUAUGUCUGCCAUUCAAGCACCAUAUCCUAGUGGAAUUGCUACACCAGUUCCAGGCCAACCACAAUUUAUUGUUUCUCCUCAGUUCGUUCAAGGUAGCGGUCCUGACCAAACAACUGGUUAGGAAGAUGAUUAAGAUAUCCUUAGUUUGCAGCAGGACUAAGAGCAGUGGAACUGCUACUUGAGUGGCGGGCUUCUAAUCUAGCCUUGCAAGUAUUUAUUUUGCAUUCUAGAGGUCAUAUAUAGUCAUGCUCACCAAGUCGUGUCUGAGUCAACUCCAAAUGGUGGAGGAAAAUGGAACGUGCAGGCUGCUUCUUCCAUUUGGACAUAUUUACGCUACUGUAUUUAUACCUAAUACUACUGGUACUCAGGAAGAGUGGCAGUAGGGUUGGACCAAUGGUUGCCGGAAUAGGUUUCUGGCAGCCAUGUAGGAAUAAACUUGUGUAAAAAGAAAAAUCAUGUCUGAAUCAAAUUAUGAUUCUUUGUAGUCUUGUCCAGCAUCGGGUUUGUAGAUAGUCCAUGUUAGUGAAUUGCGUGACGAUGGAUGGUCCAUCACAUUGAAUGUGACUUUUGUGCAUAGUAGUUGUCAUAGAUUCUACCACAAGACAUGGUUGUAAUUUUAUGAUUUUAUGAAGAACCUGCCGUUAAUGCAGGGUAGACCCAUCAGUAUAUUCCAUUAGAGAAGACUGAAGUUGUAGUGUUUAUAUUACCAUUAUUCAGUACCUAGUCACAUGUCAACAUUUUCUUCAAUCAAUUGAAUUUUCAACUUUUUUA